AUGAAGGCACGAGAGCAUCUGGAGCACCUAAUCAAUGGAGAGCAGGCUGAGGCUGAAAGGAGUAGUCUUCUCGGAGACUCAGAGGUACUACGCGUUGAAGAUGCUGACCACCGGGCAAACCCAAGGGCUUUGCUUGAAGAUAUUGCUGGAGGAACAGGGUUCAAACGGUUCUACGUGCAGCUCGGUCCUGAGGCUGGGGUUUGGAAGGUCUACAAGGUUGUGGCAUAG